AUGCCCGAGCCCUCCGCGGCCGACUCCCCUGCGCGCCGGAUCGCCGCGGCCCCUCCGCCCCGCCCCAUGGCCGCCUCCGCGCGCUGGCCUUGGCCGGCCUGCCCCGCGCCCGCGCCGCUUGGCCCCGGCGCGCCCGCCGACUCGCCAUCUCCGCGCAGGGCCUCCCGAGCCGACUUGGCCGGCCUGCCCCGCCCCGAGCCUGCUGCGCGUCCAUGCGCCAUCGCGCUGUGCCCCGCGCCCGACUCCCCGUCGCCGCGCACCUGCACUCCCGCGCCCCUGGCCGCCUGCGGCGCUCGUGCCGGCCGACCGCGGCCCCGGGCCGACUCCGCCGACCGCCGGCUCUGCCUCCGCCUCCGCCGAGUCGCGCGUGCCGACUCCGGCUUCACCCGCGCCCAGCCGCCGGGUUACUGGCGCCCCCGCAGCCGGCUCCGCCGGCCGACCUCCCGCACCCCGGCCGCGCCAGCGCCGACUCGCCCCUCGCGUGCGCCGGGUCGCCGCUCCCCCGCCGGCUCCCUCCCGCUUAGGGCCGAGUCCCCUCGAUGGCCGGUGUCCGCCUCGGCGUCUGCACGAGCCGCCUGCCGGCUCGCCACUACGUCCGGCCCCGGCCGGCUGGCCCUCUGCCCCGCUCACCUGGCCGGCUCCGGCCCGGCCCUCACAGCUCUGGCCGGCUCGGCGCGUUGCCGGGCCCGCCCCGCGGCCGACUCCGCCCGCAUCCCGAAUUGGGCCGAGUCCCCGUCGCCGACCUCCCGCACCCCGGCCGCGCCAGCGCCGACUCGCCCCUCGCGUGCGCCGGGUCGCCGCUCCCCCGCCGGCUCCCUCCCGCUUCGGGCCGAGUCCCCUCGACGGCCGGUGUCCGCCUCGGCGUCUGCACGAGCCGCCUGCCGGCUCGCCACUACGUCCGGCCCCGGCCGGCUGGCCCUCUGCCCCGCUCACCUGGCCGGCUCCGGCCCGGCCCUCACAGCUCUGGCCGGCACGGCGCCUUGCCGGGCCCGCCCCGCGGCCGACUCCGCCCGCAUCCCGCAUCGGGCCGAGUCCCCGUCGCCGACCUCCCGCACCCCGGUCGCGCCAGCGCCGACUCACCCCUCGCGUGCGCCGGGUCGCCGCUCCCCCGCCGGCUCCCUCCCGCAUCGGGCCGAGUCCCCUCGACGGCCGGUGUCCGCCUCGGCGUUCGCGCUAACCGCCCGCCGGCUCGCCACUCCGUCCGGCCCCGGCCGGCUGGCCCUCUGCCUUGCCGCCUGGCCGGCUCCGCCCCGCGCCGACUGA